AUGCCUCCUCAACUACCGAUGGCCUCGACGGCCUCAACUGUUGCGCGCAGCGUCAUCCGUCCAUUUUCCACCACAGCAACUACUGCAGCUCCCGGCCGACAACCCCCCUCCGGUGGACACGCCAGCCGUCUUGCUAGUCUAAAUGCCAGCAACAGCAAGGGGCCAGUUGGCCGAGGAGCUCGAGGAGAUGCUGCUGCGAGGCUCCUAGAGAGAUUCAAGACGCGGACAAACUCGUACACUAUGGAGAAGACGGCGCAGAUGGAGUUUCUCAAGAACCAGAAGAUGUCAAACGAUUUCCUCAAGCAGAUGCCCAGACGAUGGGAGGCUGGUGACGUGUACUCGCCGCAUGAUUUGAGUCCCGUCGAGAUGCAGAAGUGGAGGAAGAAGACUGUGCGAAACAAUGAUGUUAUCGAUGCUCUUGGAAUCAGCCCUCUGGAUAUGUACAAGAACUUCUCACUCAUCGAGCACUUCACAUCAACAUCUGGAAUGAUCAACCACUCCAAUCUCACACGCCUUCGGCCCGUCAACCAGCGCAAGGUGGCCAAGAUGGUUCGCCGAGUACAGGGCAUGGGUAUCUACCCCAGCGUGCACGCUCACCCUGAGAUGCUCCGAGACCAAUUCUUCUCACGCCACAAGUAGACCAGUCGUAUAUAGAAAGGGGAAAACGACUUGUUCUGCGCUGGCGUUUAUGUUGUCUGGGAUGAUUGAUGUCAUGGUCAUUAUUUUUUGGUCAUAUGUAUAACAGCC